GUGGCUCAAGUUCUGGUUCAGGAGGUGGUGAUUCUGGUUUAGGUGCUGGUGAUUUUGAUUCAGGAGUUGGUGAUUCUGGUUCAGGUGAUGGUGGCUCUGAUUCAGGAGUUGGUGACUGUGGUUCAGGCGUUGGUGAUUGUGGUUCAGGUGUUGGUGAUUGUGGUUCAGAAGUUUUUGAUUCUGGAUCAGGUGUUGGUGAGUUUGGUUCAGGAGUUGGUGAUUGUGGUUCAGAUGUUGGUGAUUGUUGAUCAGGAGUUGGUGAUUGUGGUUCAGGAGUUGGUGAUUGUGGUUCAGUUGUUGGUGACUUUGGUUCAGGUGAUGGUGACUCUGAUUCAGGAGUUGGUGACUGUGGUUCAGGCGUUGGUGAUUGUGGUUCAGAAGUUUUUGAUUCUGGAUCAGGCGUUGGUGAGUUUGGUUCAGGAGUUGGUGAUUGUGGCUCAGAUGUUGGUGAUUGUGGAUCAGGAGUUGGUGAUUGUGGUUCAGGAGUUUUUGAUUCUGGAUCAGGUGUUGGUGAGUUUUGUUCAGGAGUUGGUGAUUGUGGUUCAGAUGUUGGUGAUUGUGGUUCAGAAGUUUUUGAUUCUGGAUCAGGUGUUGGUGAGUUUUGUUCAGGAGUUGGUGAUUGUGGUUCAGAUGUUGGUGAUUGUGGUUCAGAAGUUUUUGAUUCUGGAUCAGGUGUUGGUGAGUUUGGUUCAGGAAUUGGUGAUUGUGGCCCAGAUGUUGGUGAUUGUGGCUCCAGAGUUUUUGAUUCUGGAUCAGGUGUUGGUGAGUUUGGUUCAGGACUUGGUGAUUGUGGUUCAGAUGUUGGUGAUUGUGGUUCAGAAGUUUUUGAUUCUGGAUCAGGUGUUGGUGAGUUUGGUUCAGGCGUUGGUGAUUGUGGUUCAGAUGUUGGUGAUUGUGGUUCAGAAGUUUUUGAUUCUGGAUCAGGUGUUGGUGAGUUUUGUUCAGGAGUUGGUGAUUGUGGUUCAGAUGUUGGUGAUUGUGGUUCCAGAGUUUUUGAUUCUGGAUCAGGUGUUGGUGAGUUUGGUUCAGGACUUGGUGAUUUUGGUUCAGGAGUUGGUGAUUGUGGUUCAGAAGUUUUUGAUUCUGGAUCAGGUGUUGGUGAGUUUGGUUCAGGAGUUAGUGAUUGUGGUUCAGAUGUUGGUGAUUGUGGAUCAGAUGUUGGUGAUUUUUGUUCAGGAGUUUUUGACUCUGGUUCAGGUGGUGGUGAUUUUGAUUCAGGAGUUGAUGAUUCUGGUUCAGGAGUUUUUGAUUCUGGUUCAGGUGGCGGUGAUUUGGGUUCAGGAGUUGAUGAUUCUGGUUCAGGAGUUUUUGAUUCUGGUUCAGGUGGUGGUGAUUUUGAUUCAGGAGUUGAUGAUUCUGGUUCAGGUGGCGGUGAUUUUGAUUCAGGAGUUUUUGAUUCUGGUUCAGGUGUUGGUGAUUUUGGUUCAGGAGUUGAUGAUUCUGGUUCAGGAGUUUUUGAUUCUGGAUCAGGUGUUGGUGAGUUUUGUUCAGGAGUUGGUGAUUGUGGUUCAGAUGUUGGUGAUUGUGGUUCAGAUGUUGGUGAUUGUGGUUCAGAUGUUGGUGAUUUUUGUUCAGGAGUUUUUGAUUCUGGUUCAGGUGGUGGUGAUUUUGGUUCAGGAGUUGAUGAUUCUGGUUCAGGAGUUUUUGAUUCUGGUUCAGGUGGUGGUGAUUUUGGUUCAGGAGUUGAUGAUUCUGGUUCAGGAGUUUUUGAUUCUGGUUCAGGUGGCGGUGAUUUUGAUUCGGGAGUUGAUGAUUCUGGUUCAGGAGUUUUUGAUUCUGGUUCAGGUGGCGGUGAUUUUUGUUCAGGAGUUGAUGAUUCUGGUUCAGGAGUUUUUGAUUCUUGUUCAGGUGGUGGUGAUUUUGAUUCAGGAGUUGAUGAUUCUGGUUCAGGAGUUUUUGAUUCUGGUUCAGGUGGUGGUGAUUUUGGUUCAGGAGUUGAUGAUUCUGGUUCAGGAGUUUUUGAUUCUGGUUCAGGUGGUGGUGAUUUUGGUUCAGGAGUUGAUGAUUCUGGUUCAGGAGUUUUUGAUUCUGGUUCAGGUGUUUUUGAUUCUGGUUCAGGUGGUGGUGAUUUUUGUUCAGGAGUUGAUGAUUGUGGUUCAGGAGUUUUUGAUUCUGGUUCAAGAGUUUUUGAUUCUGGUUCAGGACUUGGUGAUUUUUGUUCAGGAGUUGAUGAUUCUGGUUCAGGAGUUUUUGACUCUGGUUCAGGUGGCGGUGAUUUUGGUUCAGGAGUUGAUGAUUUUGGUUCAGGAGUUUUUGAUUCUGGUUCAGGUGGCGGUGAUUUUGGUUCAGGAGUUGAUGAUUCUGGUUCAGGAGUUUUUGAUUCUGGUUCAGGUGGCGGUGAUUUUUGUUCAGGAGUUGAUGAUUCUGGUUCAGGAGUUUUUGAUUCUGGUUCAGGUGGCGGUGAUUUUUGUUCAGGAGUUGAUGAUUCUGGUUCAGGAGUUUUUGAUUCUGGUUCAGGUGGCGGUGAUUUUUGUUCAGGAGUUGAUGAUUCUGGUUCAGGAGUUUUUGAUUCUGGUUCAGAUGCGGAUCCAAGUCCACAGCUGCACGAUUUUAUCUGAAUGAUGUUCUUAAUCAUUUCAGCACUUGGGAAGUUGAAGCUCAGGAUACCAAAGCAGUCCUGGUUUGAGGGGUCUCUCUUAUAUUCCUCG